AUGGAUGGUAAGGGAGCCCAUUUAGCGUUUAAGUCACGCUGGCGCAAGACGGACGAGGAGCUCUGUCGGCACAGCAUGUCUUUUAUCCUGCACAAGGCCAUACGAAGUGAUUUCUUUCAGAGUUACCUCUAUCUGCUGGAGCAGCUUCCCCUCGUGAAACUUUAUGCUUUAACGAGCGAAGUGAUCAACGGCGAGAUGCAGUUCUAUGCCAGAGCCAGACAUUUCUACCGGGAGGUGCCAGCGACAGAAGAGGGCAUGAUGGGAGACUACAUCGAGCUGUCCAGUAUGGACAUUGAAUCCUCCAGGGAAUUUCUUAGAAAGUUUAUUGGGGGUCCUGGGAAAGCUGGCACGGAGCAUGCCCUUGACUGCGGUUCUGGGAUUGGACGGGUCACUAAGCAUGUCCUCUUGCCAGUUUUCAAGAGCGUGGAACUGGUGGAUAUGAUGGAGAAUUUCCUGGCUGAGGCCCAGAACUAUUUACAGGGCAAGAAGGACAGAAUAAAGAUGUACUAUUGCUACAGCCUCCAGGAAUUCACUCCAGCCCCCCAAAAAUAUGAUGUCAUCUGGAUACAGUGGGUUUCAGGAUACCUGACCGAUAAAGAUCUCUUGGAGUUUCUUAUCCGGUGUCAAAAUGGCUUGAAGGAUAAUGGCAUUGUCAUUCUCAAGGAUAAUGUGGCCCGGGAAGGCUGUAUCCUGGACCCAUUGGACAGCAGCGUGAUCCGAGACCUGAGCAUCCUCCGGAGCCUUGUUGAGAAAAGCGGACUCACCAUCCUGCAGCAGGAGAGGCAGGAGGGCUUCCCUGAGCAUUGUGUACCCGUCUGGAUGUUGGCCAUGCAGAAGGACCCUGGCCUACCCUGAAAGGGAGGGAUGUGUGGAUGUGAAGCUCCUGAAACAUGACUGAUGCCCAGGACUUGCGAUGAGAGGAAGCAGAGAAAUGUCUGCUAAAAUCCCAAUAGUAGGGUAGCUCUACUGCUAUAGCUACAGGGCUCUGCCCCCCCCAAAUGAUCAUGAGAGUAGCUGCACCUGAGUCAGGGCAUGCUGGGAACUACCCUGCUCCCCAAACCAGGCUGCCUCGUCUUCACAUCUUCUACUAAUAGGCCUCCUCUCUGUGAGACUUCUAUUUUGUUAAAGGGAUAAAACUCAUCUGUGAGAAAAUAAUUAGGCUAAAGCUUUCCAAAGUGACUUGAGAGUCUCAGAUUUUGGGUCUCCCAUUUGAGAUGCCAUAACAAAGCCUGUUUGUUUGGGUUUUUUUUCAGAGAAUGGAUGCUCAGCUUUUCCUGGAAAUCAGGGCCCCUUCAGAGGAUUCAAGUUGGGCAUACAAAUCAUUUCUCUUCUGAAAAUCUCGGCUUAACUCCUUAUCUGUGUGGCUAAUAAUACCUUCGAUUAUUGGAACCAAAAAUGUCAGGAGUGUCUAAUCUAUUUACUGUCAGUUAUGCUGUUUGUUUUUUUUUUGUUUUAUUUAUUUUUGCAUUUCACUUAGUUUGGACAGUGUAACUAAUCUGGUCAAUUUCAUAUUUUAAAUCAAUUUCACUUCCUUCUUCCCCUGCCCUAGAAGGAUGCUGUUAUAUUAGGAUUCUCAACACUUCUGGGAAAAGUGCCAAUGACAAAGAUCUACAUUGUAAAACGCUGUUUGCAUUGAAAACUUUGCAAAAUGGUUUCUACGUGUAAUUAAGUUGCGGAAAACAUUUGUUCUAAAACCAAAAGCUACAUUCACAGCAGAAACAACAAGGAGUCUGGUGGCACCUUAAAGACUAACAGAUUUCUUUGAGCAUAAGCUUUUGUGGGUAAAACCCCCACUUCUUCAGAUGCAUGGAGUGAAAAUUAAAGAUG